AUGACAAGCCACUCAAGUCAGCUUAGAUUCCCGCAGAGAUCCGUAGUUUCUUCUUUCAUCUUCGUCAAAACAGAAGGUGAAAGCAAGGUUGCGUUAUUCAAACGCAGCGGUAAAGUGAGCACAUACCGGUACCAUCUAGCCCCCAUCUCAGGCAAUAUAGAGCCCCAUGAAACACCAACCAACGCGGCCUGGCGCGAGCUCAGGGAAGAGACUUCAUUAACUUUACAAGAUUUGGACUUUUGGCGUGAAGGGAAACCCUACUCCUUCAGCGAUCCUUCUGUUGGUCGACAAUGGACGAUUUAUCCAUUCUCGUUCCAACUUAAAGGUUGCGAUGAAGGUGGCCGCGGGGAAAACGGUAUCCAAAUUGAUUGGGAGCAUGAGAGCUGGGCAUGGCACGAUCCGAAGUCAAUCAGGGAUAGUGAAGAUUUCGGCGGGGUGCCGCGACUGAAAGAAAGCCUGCGACGAGUUUGGUUCGAAGGUGAUAUGAGUGAAGGAGCAAGCGAGGCAUUAAUUAGAGGACUGAAGCAGCUAAGGACAGAUCACACAAGCGGAUCAAACGAAUUGACAGUUCUUGCACUGAAAGCUUAUCACGAUGUGAUAACUCUGAUGAAAGGGGAGAUUAAUACGACAUGGUGGGACACUGCCCGUAUGGUCGCAUGGCAUCUCUGGAAAAAUGGGCGACCAAGCAUGGGUGCCGCUACCUUGAAUGCAUUGCUGGCAUUGCUGGCAGAGAUGCAAGAGACAUUAACUGGAAGCCUCGACCGCGAGAUAGAAUGGGAGACUUUACAUGCCGCAUGUCAUCACCAUAUUCACCGACGAAAAGCUAUCUCCAAGCGUAUACAAACCUCCUUUGCGGCCUAUCUAAAGUCCAAUUUUGUUCCCAUCGUUAAUUCCAGGUCUAAAACCUCUCUCGCCAUUCUCACGUUGUCCGCUAGCUCUACUAUACGCGAUAGCUUAGUGGAUGCAUUUGCCUCUAUUCAUGUGCCUCGUCUGGAACUACGGAUUCUGGAGUCCAGGCCGCUUUACGAAGGGGUCAGAAUGGCGUCCUCUAUCGUCUCUGCCUUUCAGACUAGGUUUCCCUGUACCUCCGAGAGGGAACUACAAAUCACAAUUUACACUGACGCAUCCGCGGCGCUCGCCAGUCAGAACUUAGAUUUUGUCCUCUUAGGAGCGGACCAGAUCUCUGACUGUGGAUCUGUCAGCAAUAAGACUGGAUCCUUACCGGCUGUUUUAAGCGCCAAACAGAUCUCUCCCAAAAGCAAAGUGUUAAUUAUUACCGCGCUAGAGAAAGUGGCUGGCUCCACUGUGGAUGAUUAUCACAGCCACGAAGCCAACGAUCCUAAAGAAGUCAUGAACAGUUGGUUGGCUUGUGGUGUAACAGAAUUCAAUACUCUCAAUGAUGGUGCUAAGACUGCGCAUCACGACCAGCAUCAUUAUAUGUUUGAGGUAAAGAAUAUUUAUUUUGAAUGGGUUCCGGCAGAAGCAGUAGAUGCAUAUGUAUGUGAAGAAGGGACUCUGAAUCUUGCCGGUAUCAAAGAGAAGGCAAAGGAAGUCAACAACAAGAUCGAAAGGUUCUUUGGCGAUUUGUAG